AAUAGUACUCUGUCUGAGGAUCCGUCAUGGGACGCAAUCCAGGAUUAUGCGGCAUCAACCAAUCCCUACAUCAGGGGUCUGUGCGGCGAGAUAUGCGAUCACUUACUGAUGCUUGCUGAAGCAAUACUCCCGGCAAUCAGAAUCGGCGACCUCGACACCAAAUUUCCAGGGCAUGCCAAAUGUGCUCGGGAGGCCAGCGAAAUUUUCGGAAUUCACAUACAAGAACUGGAAGAUGCAAUCGACGUCCUGUUUGAAUUUGCAAAUGGAACCAACCCCACGACACCUGGAGGCAUGGCGAGAGCACGUACAUACUACCUUGUCAACACUAGCAACUACGCCAUGCACUUUAUGAUGACGGUAGAAGAAAUCAGAAUCGUAGAUGUGAAAGGUUGCAAACGACGCAUGGUCGACGCAGCUGUCAGAUUCCGGGACAUACGAGACGAUGCGUCCGAGUUGUCCGAAAAGUACUUUGAGCUUUCGCAACCAACUGAAUACGGAGCUGAGGAUAUUUAUGGUGAUAUUGUCGUGUCUUCUCUGUCUGCUGCUGUUCGUUUACCACAAGUCGGUAUGGCAGCAGANGCUUAUGCCACAAGUGGUGGAGUCAAGGAAGAGUGGGAUCGGUCUGCAUUACAGACGCCCAGUCUGCCGGCUCACCUGCAAGGAACCAGACAGUACCACGAUGAAAUCCAAAGACCGUCG